CUCCCCGCUUUUACCUCCUCGCGUUUCUGCGUAGCCGGACCGGAGCUCUCGUGCUCCCGCCGCGCGUUCGGCCCCUCACGCAGUCGCGGGCGCGUGGAGCCGGACGCGGACUCCCCAGCGUUCGUCGCUUUAUGGGGGGGGGAAGGAAAAACGCGAAUUUUUCCGAGAGGGUCAGCUUUUGACUGUUUUUUUUUGCCCUGCCCGUGGGGCUUAAAGGCGUUCGUGAGUGCUCUCCGACAACGGCGAAAGCCCUGACGGACGACGGUUGGAAAUGAACUUUAAAGUGCGUGCGCUUCGUCAAAGGGCAGAGGGAGCUACGAGAGAGAGACGUUAACGUAUGGAAAAAAAAACUACAACAACAACUAGCAGAGACUCUUCUUCCAUGCAGUAUGGACCAGUGCUCGUCAAAGGAGAUUUAUGCAGUGGAUUAAGAUUAUUUAUGAGUGAUCUUUGGCACCUUGAAGAAUCGAUGUAACCUCACAGAGAACACGUGUCUCCAUCUUCAUCAUCAGAAUCAUCAUUAUCUAUUUUGAUUAUAUCUUUUUCAGCUGUGGGAGAUUACUGAAAACAGAGGACAUUGACUCUCUCUGGAAAUAGCCAGACUAUUUAGUUUAAAUUGAUGUAAUCUGACACAGACAUUGGUUGACGUCCUCCUUGCUGCAAAGACACCUGCCAAGGCAAAGAUAAAGAAGUAAACACUAUUCUGGUGUGUAUUUAUCAUGUAGACAAGCUGACAGAGAGACAGACAACCAGACAAAGCAAACUGACAGGUCGAUAGAUGGCGAGAUCCCCCACACUCACAAAGGUCACGAUGCCGGACGAGUCACAAGGUUUUCAGGAUAAAGGGAGACCCGGAGAAGAAGCAUCACAAGUGUUUUUAGUUUCAGACAUUGUGGUUAUUUCCAGUGGAAGGCAGAGCAAAAUCACUGGAGGCAAUAUCCUGGAGCUUGACGAAAUCAGUCAUACAAUAGAUGACGUAAAACAAUCCGCACAAAGCAGUGACAUUAAGAUUUUGCAAGGAAAUGACAGCACAAAAAACAGGAAUGAUGCCACAUUAAAUACAAGCAAUCUUAUUGUCGGGAACCAGUCAGGACUCGCUGAAUCUCACGUUUCCAUAGAAGUGGGUGUGGUGAAAACAAUACAGGCCCUUGAACCUCUCAAGGCCAAUUCUUUGAUGAGGGGAACAGCUGUGACCCUGCAGGCUACGGAUCGUGAUGCCCAGGUCAACUCAUCCCAUGCUAGGCUACAAACAGACAACAGUACCUCUUUGCAAGCAAACAGCUGCAGCGACACUGACUGCAGCAGUACAAAAUCCAGCCCUGGUUGCGCUUGCACUAGUUUCAGCACUGACCUCUGUGAUGCAGAGUUAUCUGAGCUCGAAGGAUGCUCAUUUGAAAAGAAGAACCCUAUCUCGCCUGUCAGUUUCUCAGAGCCCAGCUUAGAUGCUCCUCAAUCUAACAAAACCAACAAAAGUAGCCCAGGUGAAAACACAGACAGUUCCAAAACAGACUUGAUGGUUAAACCAAAAGCAGAGAACUCACUCAGUGGAAGUUCACCUGCAUUACCAGAUGUUUCACCCAAAGUUGCCCAAACAAGGGAGAACAUCGAUGUCAGGUGGGCCAAUGAAGAUGGAGACGAGGACAGGCGAAGCACCUUGUCCAGGCGGAGUGUGAAAGAUGGGGUGUGUUGCUGCUGUCAGGCGAUCCACAGGGCUUUUCUGCAGUGCGUGGAGGAGACUCCGGCCAUGCUGUCUGGACUGGUCCUGUCUUUGGCCUUCUGCGUGGCCAUCAUCGUACUCAUUCCCACCACAGGAAGGAACCUCAGUAUCCAUGUAGCUGCUCUGGCGUUGGUGUGUGUGGUUCUGUGUCUGAGUGCUGUCCUGCUCGUCUGUCUGCCUUGGCUGGCCACCGUGAGACGCUGUGGAGGAGCCCUGGCCCUCUUCGUCUGGGGGACGCUGUACAUCAUGGCCAUUGUUUUCAUUUUCACUGGAGGACCCGUCACUACGUGGGAACAGGUAGCGUUUUUCCUCUUCCUCUCUCUAAGUGUCUACACGGUGCUGCCUCUGUCUCUGGCCUGGGCCCUCAUGGUGGGGAUUGGGACCAGUGUUUCGCACAUCAUCAUCAUCAGUGUCUAUGUCCCUGUCAGAAGCCCAGAGACACCAGACCUGGCUAUGCAGCUGGUAGCCAAUGCAAUCCUGUUUGUGUGUGUGAACUGCAUCGGGAUUUUCCACCUGUGGACGACCGAGCACGAUCUCAGGAUAUCCAAUCAGAAGAGAGAAGAGUUCAGCGCCAUACGGUCCCAGAAGGAAAUAAGGAAAUAUCAGCAGGAGCAGCUUCUCCUGUCGGUGUUGCCACGCUACAUCGCCAUGGAGCUGAAAACGGAGGUGAUAAAGAGGUUGUCCAAGCCUAAGAGUGAUAAGGAGAAUGAGUCCAACUUCCACAACUUUCACAGCCUCUACAUACGGCAGCACAAAGACGUCAGCAUCCUGUAUGCUGACAUUGUGGGCUUCACAAAGCUCGCGAGUACCUGCUCUCCAGAAGAGCUGGUUGCCGUGCUCAACAAGCUCUUUGGCAGAUUCGAUGACAUAGCCAAGAAGAAUGGAUGUCUUCGCAUCAAGAUCCUGGGUGAUUGCUACUAUUGUGUAUCUGGUCUGCCCGACCCCAUUCCGACCCAUGCCAGGAACUGUGUUCAGAUGGGGCUGGACAUGUGCACUGCCAUCAGCAAACUGCGUGAGGCAACAGGUGUUGAGAUCAGCAUGCGAGUGGGGGUUCACACUGGCAACGUGCUCUGUGGUGUGAUCGGCUUGCAGAAGUGGCAGUAUGACGUGUGGUCACAUGAUGUAACGUUAGCUAACCACAUGGAGUCUGGAGGUCUUCCUGGACGAGUCCACAUCACAGAGGAGACAAUGCAACACUUGAAUGAAGCGUACCAAGUGGAGGAUGGGGACGGGGGGAGUCGGGAUCCUCUUCUUAAAGGAAGAAAAACCUACCUGGUGAUUGAUCCCCGUAAGCCGGACAGCAUCUCCAGGAGGCCUAAAUUGGGAAACAAUCUUGGAUCAGGGGAGACCAGGCAGCGGGCGUCAAUCCGGAUGUCUCAGUACCUGCAGUCCUGGCAGACUAUUAACCCCUUUGCUGAUCUAAGCAACCCUGAUGCCACACCUUCCAAGAAGCCAAUCAUCCCCACCAAUGUUGUCAUGAACCAGUCACAGCUUACAGCAGAAAGACCAGCAUUCCAGAACAACCCCUGCUGUUUGGUUGUGGCUAACGGUCCAAGGGGAUCACUGGACACACUGGACACUGCAGGGAGGAGAGCAAAGAAGCUCAACUGUUUGACUCUGUUGUUUAACGACCUCAGCCUAGAGAAACAGUUCCGCCUUUCAGAGGUGAAGGGUUUACAUCAGUCAAUCAGCUGCAUAGCGUUGAUCUUCAUUACUCUUUUCGCCGUCCAGAUGCUUGUCUCUAAAAAGAACUUUGAGAUGGCAGUGUCCUACGGUGCGACCUUCCCUGUGCUUGUGCUGCUUCUGUCCAUCGCUUUCACCGGAUACUUGGAGAAGUGGCGCUCCAAGAUGCCUUUGGGUGUCCAAUGGAUAUCAGGACUUUCCCGUGGUGUCUCAACCAGGGCGGCGCUGCGACUGUUUGUGGUCACACUCUGUGUGCUCAUCACCCUGCUAAUGGCAAUCCUCAACUUUUUCUUCCUGCCAGGAAACAACUGUACCGCUAUUACGAACAGGACAGAGUUAGAGGGUCUCAAACUCUACACCGUGCCUUACUACCUGUACUGCUGCCUGCUGGCCAUGCUGGGAGUGAUCGUGUUCGUCAGGACCUGCUUGUCAGUGAAGGCACUGCUGCUCACUCUGGCUGUGGUGGUUUACCUGGCCCUCUUCCUCCAUGUUUACGCUCCGAGGUCCUUAUGCCUUGUCGACCUGCUUUACAACAACACAAAGCCAGGAGUGCUGAAGGACCCUCAUAUCAUGUCUGGGGUUUGGCUGGUCAUCUUUUAUAUUGUAUGCCUCAUACUGGCCAGACAGGACGAGCUUGGUUGCCGUGUAGACUUCCUGUUGGAGCGAUGUUUCAAAAUGGAAAGAGAGGAGAUGGAGACCAUGGAGAACGUCAACAAGCUUCUCCUCCAGAACGUCCUGCCGCUCCACGUCGCCUCCUUCUUCAUGGGCAAAACUGUUCGGAACCAGGACCUGUACAGCCAGUCAUAUGACUGUGUGUGUGUGAUGUUCGCCUCGGUGCCUCAGUUCAAAGAGUUUUACAGUGAGAGCAGCGCCAACCGGGACGGUCUGGAGUGUUUGCGCUUCCUCAACGAGAUCAUAUCAGACUUUGACGAGCUUCUCUCCAAGCCCAAAUUCUCAUCAGUGGAGAAAAUUAAAACAAUCGGCAGUACGUACAUGGCUGCUGCGGGUCUGACACACUCACCUCCAGGGGAUGAAAGAAAGACAUUUGAGAUGUCCUACAGUCACGUGCGCGCCAUGGUGGAGUUUGCCAUCGCUCUGAUGGGCAAACUGGAGCUUAUCAACACACACUCUUUCAACAGCUUCAAACUCAGGAUCGGAAUAAACCACGGCCCAGUGAUUGCUGGGGUGAUUGGAGCUCAUAAACCUCAGUACGAUAUCUGGGGGAACUCCGUUAACGUGGCCAGCAGGAUGGACAGCACGGGAGUGUUGGACAAGAUACAGGUGACGGAGGAGACAGCCCAGGUGGUCCAGAGCGUAGGAUACAGCACCACCCUCAGAGGAGUAGUCAACGUCAAGGGCAAAGGGGAACUCACCACCUAUUUUGUUAACACGGAUCAAUCUUCUCCUCAGUUCUGACCUCCGUAGUCAAAUACUGAAUAGACUUAAACUUAUCAAUCAGACCUCGGUCCAAACAUUAGCUGCAAAUGCUUUGGCUGUUCUAAUGAACCUGGUGUACCAGAUGGGCGGGUCUUAUUGCGACUAACCUGGCUUUGCAUUACUCAUCCUGGUUGUCCACAGGAGUGAACACAAUCAGCAGCAAUGACCUGAAAAUACUACUGUAUGUUCGCCCAUGUCUGCCACCAUCACAAACGUCUGCACUGUGUCAUUGCUGAAACGGAGAUGUAGGUCAUCACCUGUUAAUCAUCUACCAAGGAGCUGCCUUUGUCUUUCGGAUGAGACACUAAAUAAAAUCCUGAAGGGUUAAAUGAAGACAUGAGACUACAGCUGGCAACUGAAAGCAGAGAGCUUUCUACUCAUGGACCGUUCAAUGGCCAACCAUGUUGCUUACUGUACCUGUAUCUGUAGUGUAUCUGGAUUAUGUGGGUAAAGUCCCUUGCGCACAAUUUUCACUGUUUUAUUCUGAAAACCUAUAAACUGAAUGAUGCUUUCUGGUACACCUAACAUGGCUGAAUGACAUGCAUUGUACACUUAGAAAACAAUGUUAAUGUAAUGUUUAUUUUAUUGGAAAAAAAGCUUGGACUUUAUUCAGAAUCUGAGUAUGUUGGUAUAGAAUAUUCAGUGUCUUUCAAUGUAGGAAAAAAAUGGGGCAGACAUUUUGUGUGCUUUAAACAGUUGUGUGAUACUGUUUGGUCUGUUCCACUGGUCCCCAACCUCCACGAGGUCACAAGAUGAUUCACAGCAUAAGAAAGAAGAAAAAAAACUUUUCCAAUCUGUGCUUUUACCGACAAUUGCAGGAUAGAUUUCCUACUAAUCUGAUGGUGAUUUCCCCUUUCUUUUUAAGUGUGUGUAUAUAUAUAUAUCUAUGAGUAAUGAAGCGAAGUGUGUUCAGUGUAG